AUGAUCCUCUCUGCCUUCCUUCCCCUCCUCGCCCUCCCUCUCGCCUCCGCAUUCUACCUGCCUGGUACAGCACCUCGAGAUUACCUUCAAGGUGAAAAAAUAGAUGUUUUCGUUAACACCCUAACCCCCAUGCUCAACUCUAAACUCCAUUCAUUGAUAUCUCACGAUUACUAUGAUCCGAGAUUUCAUUUCUGUCAACCACCCGGAGGACCAGUCAAACAAUCUGAAUCGUUAGGAUCAAUCUUGUUUGGAGACAGAAUCUUAACUUCACCAUAUGAAAUCUCCAUGAUGCAAAACUCCACUUGUCAGAUGCUAUGUCAAUCUAGUGUACCUAAAGAAGAUGCUAAAUUCAUCAAUGAUAGAAUAAAAGAAGAUUAUGGACUGAAUUUCAUUAUAGAUGGAUUGCCUUCCUCUGAGAUGAAGAGAGAUUCGAAGACAGGCGAGAUCUUUUUAGAUGCCCAAGGAUUCAAUUUGGGUGAUGAUGAGACUAUACCUGAUUUACCAGCUUUGAAUAAUCAUUACGAUAUUUAUAUACAAUAUCACGCAAGAGAUUCAAGACAUUUCAGAGUUGUGGGUGUAUUAGUCUAUCCAAGAACUGUUAAUUCAAUGGUAUCAGGUUCAAGAGAACCAGAUUGUUUCGCCAGUCAACCUUUCCAUUUAUCCGAAGCUACCAAUAAUGAAUUUUAUUACUCAUAUUCGGUUUCAUUCAUACCUUCCGAUAUCCCUUGGGGAUUAAGAUGGGAUGCUUAUUUACAUGUGUUUGAUCCCAAGAUUCAUUGGUUCUCUUUGGUCAAUUCUCUGGUCAUCGUUGGUUUCUUGGUCUUUAUGGUCGCAAUGGUAUUGUAUAGAACGAUAUCAAAAGAUAUAUCAAGAUAUAACGCUAUUGAUUUAUCUGAAGAUGUUCAAGAAGAUUAUGGAUGGAAAUUAGUACAUGGAGAAGUAUUCAGAUUACCCUCAAGACCGAUGCUCUUAUCUGUGAUGGUCGGAAACGGUUCACACCUCGUAAUGAUGUGUAUCGUAACGCUCGUAUUCGCUUUAUUCGGUUUCCUGUCACCAUCAAAUAGAGGUUCAUUAGCAACUGUCUUGUUGAUCUGUUGGACAUUAUUCGGAUGUGUAUCCGGUUACGCAAGUUCGAGAACAUACGCUACACUAGGUGGAGAUCUAUGGAAACAGAAUUUGGUUUUAACAACAAUCUUAUUUCCGACUGUCAUAUUCUCAAUAAUAGGUUUACUCAAUUUAUUCUUGGUUUUCGCUUCUGCCUCUGGCGCAGUGCCAUUCGGAACAAUACUUGCGAUAUUGUUGUUAUGGUUUUUGAUAUCUGCUCCAUUGAGCGUUGCCGGAUACUUUUGGGGAAUGAAACAUGGAGCAUUUGAGAAUCCAGUUCGAGUGUCAAGUAUUCCUCGGCAAAUACCACCUAAACCAUGGUAUCUAAAAACGGUUCAAGCUGCUAUAUUAGGCGGAAUACUUCCUUUCGGUGCCGCUUUCGUUGAAUUAUAUUUCGUUUUAUCAAGUUUAUUUGGUAACAGAGCAUAUUAUGCUUUUGGUUUCCUAUUCUUAACCUUUAUAGUGGUGGUUUUGACUACUGCAACAGUAACAGUAUUAUUCGUUUAUUUCGUUUUGUGUGCAGAAGAAUAUAGAUGGCAUUGGAGGAGUUUUAUGAUCGGAGGUGGUUCCGCCUUUUGGUUAUUCGCUUAUGGAGUUUGGUAUUGGGCAAGUAGAUUAAGUUUGGAUAGCUUCACGAGUAUGGUUUUGUACUUUGGCUACCUAUUCCUCUUCUCUUUACUUGAUUUCUUGGUUGGAGGAUCAAUAGGAUACAUUGCAACUUAUUUCGCUAUAAGACGAUUAUACUCUUCAAUAAGGGUAGAUUAG